GUUAAAUGUGCCGCGUACAAAUACGUUCCGGAGACUACCCGAAACAAACAGACAGACACUUCAAUUUUGCUUCAACUUACUUGUGAUAGAAAAGAGAUUCCUUAUAAACGAAACAUUUAUAAGACGCAAUUUCGAUGUACAUCUCGUUUCGUGCAUAACGUAAUGACGUCGGGACAUUUCUGGAUCGUGUUUAGUUAAGGCAGUGAUAGAGGAUUACGUAUUCGCGCCGGAAGCACAGUCCUCGUGUCGAGUGUAAUAGUGUUAAGUUGGAAAGAGACUGUUAACGAUAAUGUAUAAGCCGAAAGUUUCGCUAAAGGAAGGUAAAAUACGAGGUAGUGUCGUGCCGAGUGUCCUGGGCUCCAAUUACAUCGCCUUUUUCGAGAUACCUUACGCAGCGCCUCCUGUUGGAAAACUCAGAUUCAAGGAUCCACAACCACCCGUUCCAUGGAAAGGUAUCAGAAACUGCGCCGUCUGUAAAGGCAUAGUCUGCACACAGAAACUAGAACAAGAAUCAAACCAUAUUGUCGGAACUGAAGAUUGUUUGUACCUCAAUGUUUACACCAAAUCCAUCACCGAAACGAGGCCAGUCAUGGUUUGGGUCCAUGGCGGCGCAUUACAGAGGGGCAGUGGAAGUUACAGGUUCAUGAAGCCUGAUUACCUAGUCGAAAAAGACGUCGUCGUUGUUGCAAUUAAUUACAGACUGGGUGCAUUGGGUUUCCUAAAUCUGGGUCAUCCAGCUGCACCCGGGAAUCAAGGACUGAAGGACAUAAUUGCAGCCUUGCGAUGGACCCAGGAAAAUAUUGCCAAAUUUGGAGGAGAUCCUAAUAAUGUCACGCUCUGUGGUCAAAGCGCAGGGGCAUUGUUAACUCAUGCCUCAGCGAUAUCGCCGAAAGCGAAAGGACUCAUUCACAAAGCGAUUAUGCAAAGUGGAACCAUGCUGAGCCCUUGGGGAAUAGGUCAGAGCCGUCCAAAACGAGGUUUCAAACUAGCGUCGCUCUUAGGGAUAAACUCCACCGAUCCUGAGGAGGUCGUCGAUUUGCUCAGACAGCUACCCGACAAAGACAUCGUCAAGUUAGAGACUUCCGUUCUAACGCAAAAGGCAAAAUAUUUUCUGUUAUCGCGGCUAUCGCGAAGCCCUUCACGCGUAACGAACAUAAGUUCCUAUUGCCGCAGGAGAUAGACCUUUACGAUAUCCCCUUCGGAGUGAAUUACGACGAAUUCGCUGAGGACCCUGUACUGCCUCUACCAUUGUCGCAAUUAUGUUCCAACGACGGGAACAUCCCCAUCAUGGCUGGGCAGGUGACAUACGAAGGCCUC